CUACUAGCUUGUCCGUCCAUUAACGGCAUGAACAUGAUAUAUAUAUAUAUAUAUAUAUACAGGCAGCAUCCCAUCGAUCUUCUUAUAAUUUGCCAGAGCAUCGCGAUCGGACAUGCAUACAGCUAGCUAGCUUUAAUUAAUUAGCUUCUUCUUCAUUCGUAGCUAGCUUCCAUAGCAUUGCAUUCCAACAAUUCCGUCGUCCAUUCCUACAAAUCACUUGUUUUGCGUCCCACCCAACAACUCGAUCGACGAUCUGAGAGAAAGAGAGAGAGAGAUACAUCAUUCGUACGUUCAUUCAUCGAUCGAUCAGAGAGAAGAAGCAGCAGCUGCUACGUAGAGUAGCUAGCAAGCACGGCUCCAUAUAUGUCGACGACGGCGGCGGCGAUGAGAGAGAUCGUCUUCUUCGACGUAGAGACGACGGCUCCGACGCCGGCGGGGCGGUGGUGGCUGCUGGAGUUCGGCGCCAUCCUGGUGUGCCCCAGGAAGCUGGUGGAGGUGGCUAGCUACGACACCCUCAUCCGCCCGGGCGACCUCUCCGUCGCUGUCACCAAGCGAUUCAGCGACGUCGAGGCCAUCGCGUCGGCGCCGCCCUUCAAGGACGUGGCCGACAAGAUAUUCGAGAUCCUGGACGGCCGCGUGUGGGCUGGGCACAACAUCCAGCGCUUCGACUGCCCCCGCAUCCGGGAGGCGUUCGCCGACAUCGGCCGCCCCGCGCCGGAGCCCGCCGGCGUCAUCGACUCCCUCAACGUCCUGGCCGCCGACUUCGGACGCCGCGCGGGGGACCUCAAGAUGGCCACGCUCGCCACCUACUUCGGCAUCGGCAAGCAGAAGCACAGGAGCCUGGACGACGCGCGCAUGAACCUCGAGGUGCUCAAGCACUGCGCCACCGUCCUGCUGCUCGAGUCCAGCCUGCCACACGUCCUGGGGGGCACGCAGCUGCAGCUGCAGGCUCGACAAGCCCACGGCGCACCAGUCACAAGGAGGAUGGCGGCGAAGGCGCAGGCGACGUCCUUCUCCUCUUCCACGACACCGCCGCCGCCGCCGCCUAAACAUGUUGUACACCACCACCGCCCCGGCGUCGUCUUGUCGCAGACCAAGCUGCCGUUUACACCUGCACCUGCGGCCACCCCGUGCGGCAAGAGGAAUAGCCUGGGCAAGGUGGUGCCGAGGGCCGUCGUCCACCAAGCUGCUGCUGCUGCCGCUGCUGCUCCAUUGAGUAGCACAAGCACAGGCACAAGCAGGCGCCCCGUGACGGCGACGGCGACAGGGAAGACGACGCCCUUCCACAUGAUCCUCAGGCACUCCAGGGCCAUCCUCAGAUGAGGAUGACAUGCUUUGGAAGAUCAUAUCGAUGAUGGGUGUUUCAUGCUUAUUAGCUAGCCACGGAGAAGAAGAUAUAUGGAGCUGCCAAAUCUGUCUUUUAACUUCCUGGCUGUAGCUCAGCGAGCAUCUCAUUUGUAUAGCUACCUAAUUGGAUUCAUUCCUAGCUUGGAUUUCAUUCAAUUGUACACUCCAUCGAUUUCAUUUCAUCCACGCACCUUAGUUUAACUGACUCCGUCAGAUUUAGUUGUUCUACUUGUAUAGUUUGGUGUUGUAUAAUAAGUUAACAUAACAUUCAUUUGUGUAAUUUACUCUGAAUAAUUGCUUCAUUUGUAUAAAUUACUCUGAAUAACUCUGUUCUCGGUCUGAAUAAUUCUUUCAGAUGCUCUGUUCUCGGUCUGAAUAAUUCUUUCAAAUGCUCUGUUCUCCAUCUGAAUAAUUGUUUCAGAUGUUCUGUUCCCGGUUGCACAUACGUGAAGGAUUCCAAUUUGCACCGGCUGUGCUAUCUAAUACCAACAUGAUCCGUCG